UAAAUCAAAUGCAAGGCAAAGACGUAAACUUUAUUGUUUCGCUAAAAUAAAAUAAAUAAAUAGGUUUGUACAGUGGGUAACGUGUAACCGUUGAACUGAUCAGCUGUUAGUGUUGUUGCCAGUUUUUGAGGAAAAAGAAAGAUGGAGGAGAAGCCCUUCGCCGUGGAGGUGGCCAGGCAAGGGCGCGCCCUUUGCAAAAAAUGCCGCCAGAAGUGCGUUCAAGGCGAUUUGCGCAUUGCUAAAUUAAUCCCGAACCCUCUGGGUUCCGGUAAAAUGAAAACUUGGUACCACGUAAGCUGUAUCUUUGAAACAUUUUUAAAACAGAGACAAACAACUAAAAGAAUCGAGGGCCCCCUGGACAUCGACGGCUGGGAGUCACUCGACCCCGACGAUAAAGUGAAUAUCUUGGAAAAGAUCUCGCAAUGUAACCGGGAAUUUGAAGCCAAGUUUAGUAAAAAAAGACCGAAAAAGGGGACCAAGCCGCAGCCGCAGCUUGUCGUCGACGACAAUUUGAGUAAUUUAUCUGAUAAUUGCACGACUGAGGAGGUUCACAAGGAUAAUUGUUUCCGCGAGUUUCGCAGGAUCGUGUCGAAGCUCCCGAAGGUGUCAAGUUCCAACGAAAAAAUCAGCAUUUUCCGCGAGAUUUUCACGAAAGGUUGCGACGGGAGCGGUUUUAAGGGCGAUGUCGUUCUCUGGUGCAAACUGCUCCUCCCUGCGGUGAACAAACGCGUGUUUCACUUGCAGACCAAGCAACUGAUUAAAAUAUUUAGCAAGAUUUUCGCGGUUAGUGAAGAAACAAUGACUGCUCACUUGGAACAGGGCGAUGUGGGCCAGACCAUCCAACAUUUCUUCGAAGAAAACGCCGAGUGUAAACCGGCGAAAAAAAGCACCUUGAGCCUCUUUGAAGUGGACGAUUUUCUGGAAUCCUUGACCACGCUGUCCAAGGAAGAAGAUCAGUGCAACCGCUUCAAAACUUUCAUCAAAAAGUGCACAGCGAAUGACUUGAAAGUGGUCAUUCGCUUGAUCAAACACGACUUAAGGAUGAGCGCAGGAGCGAAACAUGUGUUCAACGGACUGCAUCCGGAGGCCUAUUCGGUCUUCCAGACGUGCAAAGACAUCGCCACUGUGAUAAGCACUUGUCAGGGGCGCAAAGAACCCCCGAAGAAAAGGCGGAAAAUUUCCGAAGAGAAACGCAAAUCGAUUCCGAAUUAUUUCGAAAAUGUUAGGUUGUUUUUGGAGGAGGGGGUGAAAGAGAGACACGCCCAGUGGGUGAAAUAUUUUAUUGCCUACGGUGGGUCGGUUCUCACCAACGACAAACCCGAAGAAGCGACUCAUGUUUUGCAUUUGAAAGACACUAUUUCACAGCCGACGAUUCACUGUGCCAACAGCGCAAAACAUGUUAUUGUGGAGUGGAUUAAAGAUACAGUAGCAGAAGAGAAUUUGCAGGAUUAUAGGCGGUAUACAGUCCGGUGGGAUCCUUGCCAUAAGGAUUAAACAAUUUGUUAUUAUUACUCUUUUAUCAAUUUUUCAGAAGAAAAUAAAUACAAAAUACGAAUUC